UGGUGGGAAAUUGAUGAAGAGGAGGGAGGAAGAAAAAAUCGGUGGCGGUGAGUGAUGGGCAUGGCGACGUGCCUUCGUCUUGGGAGAUGUGCCACUAGUAAUUCGCUCUCCUUCUUCCGCUCGCAGGGUUCGCUGGUUUCCGCCGCUAGAUGUUGUUCCUCCUCCUCCUCUUCGUCUUCGUCGCCGCCGUCGUUAGCUUCUUCCGGUAAGGGGAAGAAGAAACUCGUCGAUCGCCUCUCAGCCGUCAUCGACGCCGUUCACGACCGUAAUCUUCCCCCUGAGCUACGUGGUCAGCGCAACAAUGUCAGGUCAGAAACCGACUUGAUCAAUGUUGUUGAGCAAAGAAUAUGGCAUUCUAUGGAAGAAGGCCAAUUUGAGAACUUGCCUGGGAAAGGCAAGCCUCUUAAGCUUGAUACAAAUCCUCACGCGGAUCCGGCUGAAGACACCUUAUACAGAAUCUUGUCAAAGAAUGGAUGUGCGCCAGAGUGGGUUGAGCUUAACAAAGAGAUAAGAUCUAGAAUAUCUGAAUGGAGGAUGUCCUUGAAGAAAGCUUGGACAAGUAAAUGCAGUGGAGAUCACUCUAAGUGGGUUGAGAGUUCAGAGGCUUUGAAAUCGCAGUUAAGGGAAAUCAAUAAUAAGGUUUUUCGCUAUAACCUCAUUGUGCCUUUUGGUAGACAAAUGUUUGGCCUUAAAUGGGAGAAAGAGCUAGGUUAUUUAGAAGAACAAUGAGGCUCAUUUUUUGUUAUUUAAAUAGUUGAUUUACUGUGUAGAAGAUGAAAAAUGGUCAUUUUCCAAAAGGACGGUCAUGCCAAAUCCUCGGUGAGAGGAGACCCCAUUAUCAAGGUGAAUCAUAUCAAAUAUUUCAUUAGAUUAUAGGAAAUGGCAACCAUUUCUACUAUGCCACUUCACAAAUGUCACAAGGAUCUGAUGUUUUAUUACAAUCAAAACAUGGGUAGUAUUUCUUCACAGAAAGGAGUUUGUCAUGAGAAGGUGCCUUGUGUGCCUGAAGAUUCUCAUCAUAUGUACAAAAAUGGUUUACAGAAUGUGGUUGAUUUAAGGACAGUACUGAGUUAAAUGUUGAGACUGGUACUUCUUGUGUCUUCA